UUCGCACCAACCUUCGUUUCACAGUGACUUGGGAAAGAGAAUAAUACGAUUGGUAAUUUUAUUUAUAAACUCAAGCAAGGAAUCUAGGGUUUCUCGUAAGAGGCACCGAAGAACAUCAACACAGAAGGAACCUAAAGAGAUUCUGAUUCAGCGGCUGAGAGAAAGAAACAAGCGCAAGAAGAGAAAGCAAGGAAGAGUAACGGUUUCUUUUAGGCUCUGCAAAUUUCAAUGGCGGAUUUGGAGGGCGCAGAAGGUUACAUGCCAUCUGCAGAAUACGUGGAAGACAGCAAUGAAGCUCUCAUUGACUUGACUGACUCAACAGAACUUUUGUUUCUUAAGUUGCCUUCUUCCAAUGAUUUUUUAUCUGACAUACAUGGAAAGAAAUUGUCUCUCACACUUCAUAAUGAUGGUAAACUAGCCCACUUUGAGGGUUCAUCAGGUAAGGUAUAUGAUUUUGUAAGCUUUUUUGCUCAGGAGCCAGACGAAACAGUUUUUGUUUCCUCUACAGAACCAAAAAUUGCAAAGAUUUCAAUGCGGGUUUCAACCGUCCAUUACCCUGAUCCUAAAGAACUUGAGAACCUCGAUUCAACCAAAGUAAGACAUGCACAUCGACAUUCUUCUCGAAUCACAGGGACAACUUCAUCUCGAUACUUUCCUAUGCAAAGUGGUGGACGUGCAGCUUCAUCAAAAGGUAGCAGACAGAAAAGCUCUUUGUCUGAAUUUACUGAGCCAUCAAGUAUUUCAAAAAAAAGACACGAAUCUAAUUCUAAAUCUAAAUCUAAAUACAACUUGUCUGAGGUCUCGCAUGGUCACAGCAGUGGCAUUUCCUCUAUGUCCCCAGAAAAUUCUCAUGAAGGAAAACCAAAGAGAAGAAAACAUACGGAAUAAUGUUUCCUAUACUCGCCAUUGGCCUUUUAUAGUGUAAUUUUUAAAAUUAACAUUCUUCCAGGCCAAACUAUAUAGGAAAGAAUAGGGCAAGACUUUUAUGUUGUAAAAGGACGAUAAAUUUACAUUGUUUGUGUUUUCUGUGUUACCAUUUUUCUCUAUUUUUCAAGUUGUCAUUGGCUUCAGUUGCACAAUGUUCACUAAUUGAAGGACCUUUCUUUUCUCAUUUUUUUGUCC